AUGAAUCUUGGUCAGGUGGAUGCUGCGACGGUGCGGACUUCACCGUCGCCCAUCGGGCGCUCGUUGCAGCGGCCGCAGCACCCUGCUGCGCCGUGGCCGCCGCUCAUCCGCAGCAGCACUUGGCGCCUGGUCGGCAAAAAGUGCAGUUCAGCCACCACGAACGCCGAAUUCGGGAGACGGCGACGGCCGGGCCACAUUGCCCUCGCUGCCGCAGCUUCACCCGCAGAAGGUUCCCGCCUUGCUGCUGGCACCGAUAUCCCACAGCACCAACAACAGCAACAACAGCACGCGCUUUCGCAGCAAUCUUUUAAGCUGGACGAGGAUGCGGCCCUCCUAUCAAACUUCCAUCGUCUGGAUGUGGCAUCCCGGUCCAGCGGGGUGGUUUCGGAGCCCGGCAACGUGUUUUCGGAGCGCUUCAUCACUGACUCCCGGGAGCUGCACCUCGUGGCCCGAAUGGCCCGAUCAGUACUGGAAUGCGCUCAAGCUCUCGCGAUCCGUCAUGGAAACGCAAUGCCACGCCCUUUUCGCUACCUCCCAUGCUCGUUAAGUUUUCACCCGCCGUACUAUGUCGUACUAUGUCGUACUUGUUUCCCUCAGGCUAUGUCCGCCGGUCGCCCGGUGGACCUUCCUCGACCCCACCCCAAGUUCACGCAGCAGGAUUUGGAGCGCCUGGCCUCCUCCUCCGAAACCACGGGUCCCCGCCUAGAUGACCUGGUUCUGGAGCAUGUGGAGCGGCUAACAGAUCAGCCGGUGGACCUGAGUCUGAGGGCUUCGCAGCAGCAGGCGGAGGUGCGGCGGCGGCGGCUGGAGGCGGGACAGGCUCUGGGGGCACUGGGGGAGCAGCAGCAGCAGGGGGAGGAGGUUGAUGAGGCGGCGGUGGAGGCGAACCGAGCCCGCAUUAGUCAUGACGGCGUCACUGGCUGGCCGGGAUGGCGGGCGGUGGUUUCGUACAGAGGUAGUGUACGGCAUUGGGUUGACAUGCCCGAGGAAGGCGAGCUGGUGCAGCUGGAGGACCAGAUGCUUGAGACGUUGGCGAUUGUUACAUUGACGUUUGCAUGUAUAUAUAUCCCCUUCACCUCUUCUUGCAUAAAUCCCCAUUGGUUCGUGUCUCCCCCCGCGGACCUGACAGAUCUGGGUUAUCGACACGUGUUCGCCCAGCUCUACCAGGCGUACGAGGCGAGAUACCCGGCCGACCUGGUCGCAGCCAUUUACAGCAGCGGGGGCAGGGCGCGGAGGGAGCUGGCGGCGGUGGCGGCGGAGGCGGGGGGCUUGCCGCACGAGACGCCGGCGUUGCGUCACCUGGACGUGUCGUACCACAGUACGGGCAAUCCCGUACAGGAUCCCGUAACCGCCUGGUUCAUCCGUCCCACCCUGGACGGCAUCAAGCAGGCCUUGCGCGACAUCCGUACACUGGAAGAGGAUCCCGGCGCGGCCAUGGAGUUCGCCCGGUCCAAGAGCGAGGCGCGCAAGGAGGGCCUUACGGGGGUGGAGUUUGCUGAUGUGGCCGGGCUGGGACCCAUCCUGUCGGAGGUGGUGGAGGUGGUGGAGUUCCUGAAGGACCCCCAGACCUUUUCCAAACUGGGUGCUCGUCCACCCAAGGGCAUUCUGUUGGAGGGAGAUCCCGGUACGGGUAAAACCCUGCUAGCCAAGGCGCUGGCGGGCGAGGCCAUGGUGCCCUUCUACCAGAUGAGCGGCACGGAGUUCACGGAGGGUAUUGUGGGGCUGGGGGCUGCGAGAGUCAGGGACCUGUUCAAGAGGGCACGGGCCACCGCGCCGUGUGUCAUCUUCGUGGACGAGAUUGACGCAUUGGGACUCAGGCGUGCGGAAAAUGACUCGGCCAAAACCAACGAAGAGCGCGAACAAACCCUCAACCAGUUGCUGACGGAGAUGGACGGAUUCACACCAGACACCGGGGUGGUGUUUCUGGGAGCCACGAACAGAGCGGACCUGCUGGACCCCGCCUUGAUGCGCCCGGGUCGCUUCGACCGUAAGAUCCGUAUGCCCAAGCCCGACACGGAGGGCCGGUACGAGAUCUUGAAGCUACAUCUCCGUAACAAGCAGCUGGCGCCGGAUGUGGACCUGCUACAGCUGGCGCGGGAUUUGCCGGGGCUGGUGGGCGCCGACCUGGCUAACAUCGUGAACGAGGCGGCCAUGACGGCGGUCCGGGACGGCGGAAGGAGCGUGCUGACGGCCAAGGAUAUGUACGCGGGUGUGGACAGAUUUACACAGGUUGUGUCCACUGACGCCAUGGACGGGUUCGCGGACUGGCCCACAGUCAGUGAGGACUUCAGGUUCGAUGCGCCGUCGCCAUCCGACGUCACCUGGCACAGGUACACUGACGAGGUGCGGCGGGUGAUCAAGAGCUGCUCGGAGGAUGUGCUCGCCAUACUGGAGGAGCGCAGGGAGGCCAUGUGGGCAGGAAUCAAGGCUCUUGCGGACCAGAAAGAGCUGUUGGGUCCCGAGCUGCGAGACAUAUUCGACCAACACCCACCUCGCACCCUGAGCGAGGAGGAGCGACCGAAGCUGAGCAUGACGAUUUACACGGACGGAGAGAACAACAAGUGGCCGUACGGCAUCGAGUGGCUCAACGACGCGUACCCGGUGCCGUACUGGGUACGGAAGGCCGAGGCGGAGGAGAAGGAGGGGCGGCAGCGGGAGGAAGGGUCGAGACGGGAGAUUGCGGCUGCGGGCGCUUCGGACUUUGUUCCGUUUUACUUGUCUUUUCAGAGGCUGAAGUGCUGA